CAAUUCAUUACAAGUGCGAGUACCGGUAUGUUGACGACUUAUAGUCUUGAUGAUUACACGCCCACUCAAACCUGAGGCCAGCUUGAGGUCUAUUUCCAGACAGGACAUCAGCAAUUUGUCGUUUAAAAUAGUCCACCCGAGUAGUGCACAAAAAUCGCGGGCGUAUAAUUGGAAAAUUCAUUCAUACGGCGUCGACCUCUAGGGAACAGAAGUGUCUUGGUUUAGACAAAAAGAACAGUGCAAAAAUCACAAAAUGGAUGAUCCAAUAGAUGUGUCAGUGGUUAGAAAAUCUUUUCAACAUUUCACAAUGAUUGACUAUUCGGUGUUCGUCUUAAUGUUAGGCGUGUGUACUGGAAUUGGGCUAUAUUUUGGCUGUGUAAAGAAACAGAAUUCUGUGCAGGAUUAUUUGAUGGGUGGAAGGGAUAUGGGCAUUGUUCCUGUCACGUUCUCUUUGGUUGCAAGCUUUAUUUCAGGUAUUUCCUUGCUGGGUACACCGACGGAGCUAUACUUAUACGGGACAUCAUACGUCUUUUUCCUUAUCGGGGCCUGCCUAAUGUCUGUCGUCAUCUCUUUUACUUUCAUGCCCGUAUUGCACGAUUUGCAAAUAACAUCGGCUUAUGAGUACUUAGAACUUCGUUACGAUAAGCGUAUUCGAUUAUUUGGUUCUAUCAUAUUUAGUUUUUAUUUGAUGGCGUGGUUACCUAUUGUGAUAUACGUGCCAGCUUUAGCAUUUAACCAAGUAACCGGUGUCAAUAUUCAUAUCGUCACCCCAAUCGUAUGCUUUGUUUGCAUAUUCUAUACAUCAUUGGGGGGUUUAAAAGCCGUCGUUUGGACGGACGUGAUACAAACUGUAGUGAUGACUGGCGCAAUGAUUUUAGUCAUCAUCAAAGGGACAAUCAUUGUUGGCGGCUUUGGCGAGGUCUGGCGACGGAACUGGAAUACAGGAAGGAUAGAAAUGCCCUCACUUCACUUUGAUUUGACUGAUCGACAUACUAUUUGGUCCGUCUCCAUUGGGUCCAUGUUCUAUUGGACUGGCAAUAUAGCGGUCAAUCAAUCUAUGAUGCAGAGAUUUCUGUCCCUACCGGAUUUGAAGUCGUCAAAAAGGGCAGUUUGGGGUUUUCUAGGUGGAAUAACACUGAUAGUGUUAAUCUGUGCCUUCAGCGGAAUGUUAGCGUACGCUAGAUACUACGACUGCGAUCCCCUGGACUCCAAGCUGGCUCUCGCCAAGGAUCAGAUCUUGCCGUUGUUGGUUAUGGACGUCCUGGGAGAAUGGAACGGCUUGCCGGGUAUCUUUGUAGCUGGAGUGUUUAGUGCAGCACUCAGUUCGCUGUCAACUGGGCUUAACUCAAUGUCUGCUGUAGUCCUAGAGGACUUUUGGAAGCCGUUUUUCAGGCAGCCGUCACACAAGGAGACACAAAUUCUUAUGCGCGCCGUGGUCGUAGUUAUUGGAUGCGUAUGUGUCGGCCUAGUGUUUAUUGUUGAGAAGUUGGGAUCCGUUCUACAAUUGUCGAUGAGCUUGUCAUCGGCAUCAAUGGGUCCUCUGACUGGAGUAUUCCUCAUGGAGCGCCUUGAGCGGGGGCGUGUUCGGUCUGCUUACUUCUUGGUGGGUGGCGGCGCAAGCGCAACUCGCGCAGGCGCACGGCUCCCUGCGUUUCGAGGAGAAACCCCGUUUUCUGCACAACUGUACUUACACGUUCCCCGAGAAAACCGUACUGGAGGCUACCGAGGAUGAAGUGGCCUACUUAUACAGGAUAUCGUACUUUUGGUACACUGCAUUCGGCUGCAUCGUAACCAUAGUCGUGGCGUGUCUCAUCAACCUCUGGCCACAGAAGAAAAAAGAGAAACACUUCAACGAGUUGCGA